GCAAACACAAAUAAAGUGUUUUAUUGGCUCUAUUUUUGAAACAUUUUCUAAAGUUUUUUCAAAAUUUUUUUUUAAAGUAAACGAAAAAAUUUUUCUUUAGCUUCGUCGAUUUAAUAGUAAACUUCAAACCCGUAACAAAACUAUGUUUUCAACUUAAACUAAAUGACACAAUCCGAAGUUAAUUUAAACCAUGGCUACUACACCUCAAAAAAUUUAUCAAAAAGGAAAGAAAAUUGACUUUGUUGUUCAUUUGAUUGAUAAUGAUGGAGAAAAUCAUCAGGAAAAAGAAGUUAAUCAUUCUAUUGAUAAGUUUGUUUGUGAAAGGUUGCACUUUUCCGUUACGGAUCAAAAUCUCAUAGCAAGACCUGUUUAUAAUAUAUAUAGUAAAAAAGAACAAGAAAUACCUAGUAUUAACUUAGUAUCUCCUACUCCUGAUGAAAAAAAAAACUCUCAGUUUUUCUCUGAUAAAGAUGUUCAUGAUAAAGAUUCAGCUAACACUCUUGUAUCAGAUAACAACUGUUCAAAAGUUGAUGCAGUUAAUAGUAAUAUCAUAAAAGAUGUUGCAGAAAAAGUUCCUGAAUUCGUAUUUUGUACAACAUGUGACAAAAAACUGAAUAUCAAUAGACACAAAAUAUGCAAACAUCCUGUUCUGGCUGUUGUUAUAUGCAGAAGCUGCUUAAACUUUGUGAACUCAACAACGUUUACACAUGAUGAAAUUGGUGUAGAAGAACAAUGCACUUGGUGUGGCGAUGGUGGAAAUUUGGUUUGUUGUGAUUACUGUGAAAAAGCAUAUUGCAAAUACUGCAUAAAAAGAAAUUUAGGAAAAGAUUUUUUGAAAGCUAUUGUUGAUACAAGUGAAAGUUUAAAAUGGAAAUGUCUUGUUUGUGAUAAAAAUCAAAUAGAAUUAUUUGUUAAAGACUGUUCUUUGGUGAUGAAUUAUAUUGCUAAUAUGCAGCUUUUGAAAGAAAAAAAUAAAGACACAAUUCUGACUACCAAGAUUACCAGCGAAAUCAAUGAUCAUAAUCAAAAUUGUCAAAUUAAAAAAAAUUUAUCAAAAGAAAGCUUUAACAACUUAACUGAGCAUAAAGAUGCUAAAAGCAAUAAAAAAAGUAAAGACUAUUGUAGAGAUGAAAGUAAAAUCAAAGGUUGUAGUGAAGAUAAAAAGAAAAGUGAACAUCAAAUUGAAUCUAAAACUAAACAAACAAAUAUAAAUUCUAAAAAUGAUUUUGGUAAUGAAUCUUCCCUAAGCCCUGAUAAUUUAUUUAAUAAAGUAAAAAAAAUUAAAAAGCAGAAAGUCAUAGUGCUAUCCAGUGAAGACGAUGAGGAUGAUUCUGAUACUGAAAUCGUUGUCUUAAAAAAGAGUGGAAAGCGUGAAACAAUAAGUAAAACUACAUUAAAUAUGGUAAAAAAACUUGUAAAAAUUUCGUUACAAGAACAAGAAAAUCAAGAGAAAUUUAAAACUAAUAAACCAAAAAAAACUUUAAACAGUUUUUUGAGACUCAAAUUCAAUAAAAAAAAUGUAGAUAUUGAAGAUGAUAGUUAUAUUUCUGACAACAAAAGCUGUUUAUCUGAUCACAGUGAUACAGAGCACACAAAUGUGGAAAUAAAUUUCAAUCAAGCAGACAAUUCAAUUUUACCAACAGAAAAUAUUAAAAUAGAACAUGUUAAUAAAUCAUCUAGUCAAAUUGGAACUUUACUUUAUAAUGAUUUAGUAAAUAAAGAUGAAAAAAAAUCUGAUCAAUAUUUUAGUAAAAAGAAAGUUAAUCAAGAUAAAAUUAAAAAGAUUACAAAUGAUGAUCAACAACCUGGACCUUCAGGUGUUAGACCUCGUAAUAAAAUGCAAAAAAUUAGAGAAUUAGCCUCAAAAAAACAUAAAAGUUCCGAAAUAACUUCUGAAAAAAAUGUAGGGUCAUCAAUAAACAAAUCAAAUAAAAGCGAUCAAAAUGUUUCUUCAAAUUAUAUUGUAAAAAAUGAGUUUGAAACAAAAAUAUUUUCUGAACCUUGUAUUAGUAAAUUAAAUGAUAUAUCUGAAGAUUUAUUAAUUGAAAAAGGAUGUAACAAAGAGACUGUAAAUAACAAUUAUAUGGGUGAGUCUGAGAUCUCAUUUUCAACUGAAAAAAAAAAAAAUAUUGACAAAGACAAUUUGUUUGUUUCACCCGAUAAAACUAGUAGCAGUUUGUUAGUUUUACCUAUUCAAACUUCUAUUGAACAAUUUAAUAGUACUCCUAAUGAUGAUAAUUGUAACUCAUCUUGUGUCACAAAAUCUAGUAACGAAAGUGGUCUGGUGCAAUUUGACACUGAGAAUUUUAAAAUACUAACUCCUAAAGUUGUUGUUGAAAAACUUCCAAGUUCAUCUAUUAAAACAGUUCAGUUUAAUCCUGAAACAUCAAAUACCAAAGUUAUAGAAAGUAGUGAUAAUGUUAAAAUAAAAAAAUCAACAUCAGAUGUUCCAGAUGCGCAAAGGAAACACAGUUUGAGGAAGCGUAAAAGUAAUUUAAUAAAAACAGACUUUACAGCUGACAUUGAGGAUCAAGCAAAUGACUUAAAUCAUAAAAAGUUUAAAAAUAAAAAUGAAAAAGUUCAUAAAACAAAAAGAGUACAAAUUACUGAUGACAUAUCAGAUGUGUCCAGCCAGUUAGAUUCAAAUGACAGUUCAUCAGAAGAUGAAGAAGGUAAUUCAGAUGAAGAAUUUAGUGAACAAACUGACCAAGACACAGAUGAAUCAUUCAAUCUUAAACAUAAAAUAGUUAGCAGUGACUCUGAAGAAAAUAAUAUUCAAGGUGGAAAACCUUUGAAAAAGCGCAGAAAAAUAUGCAUGAAAGUAUCAGAUGAAGACUCUGAUUGUUCUCUUGAUAAUAAAACAACUACCACUGACGAUGAUGAUGAAAAUACCAUUUCUAAAUCUAAAAAAAGAAAAAGAUUAAAAAGCAAAAAAGCAGCAAAAAAAAAAAUUGUUAGUGAUUCAGAUUCAGAUAUAAAAGCACCAAGCAAAGGGCGCAAAAAAAUUCGUAAAAUUUUAAAGGACAAUGAACUGAAUGAAGAAACAAUUCGUGCAAGAGAAGUUGAAGAGCAGAGAAAAAAAAGGCUACUUGAGCGCAUUAAUGAAGAAAAGAAAAAUUUUGAACAUAUUAUAAGUGCUGAAGAUGGGGAGUUUGUACUUGAAAGGAACACUGACCAACAAGCCUUGGUAUCUGUAAAUAUUGCUAUAAACAAACAUUUAAAACCUCAUCAACGUAAAGGAGUUCAGUUUAUGUAUGAUUGUUGCAUUGAAUCUGUAAAAAAUUUUAAAAAGGGGGAUGAAGGUGGUGGUUGUUUACUUGCUCAUUGUAUGGGGCUUGGAAAAACAUUACAGAUUGUUGCAUUUAUUCAUACAAUGAUAAACAGUAAAAAUAUUCAGAUGAAAACAUUUAUUGUAAUUGCACCUCUUAAUACUGUAUUGAACUGGGAGCAGGAAUUUGAAAAGUGGCUUACCAAAGAUGAACAGAUUAAUAUAUAUGUGCUUUCGUAUGCAAAGGAUAAAAAAGAAAGGGUUUCUAUAUUACGGGACUGGUAUAAAUGCGGUGGUGUUCUAAUUUUGGGUUAUGAAAUGUAUCGAAAUCUAGUUAAUGGUACUCAUAUUAGAUCUAAAAAAACUCGUGAUGAAGUUAAAAAGUUUCUUGUUGAGCCAGGACCAGAAUUGGUAGUUUGUGAUGAAGGGCAUGUAUUAAGAAAUGUGACCUCUGCUAUUUCAAAGGCAGUGAAUUCAAUUGCAACCAAGCGAAGAAUUGUAUUGACUGGUACACCUUUACAGAACAACUUGCCUGAGUAUCAUUGUAUGGUUGAUUUUGUGAAACCAAAACUUCUUGGAACUAAGAAAGAAUUUUUAAAUCGAUUUGUCAAUCCAAUUAAAAAUGGUCAGUGUUCUAACUCAACACCUUCUGAUGUUAGACUUAUGAAACAGAGAUGCCAUGUGCUUUAUCAAAUGCUUUCUGGCUGCGUUCAGCGCCAAGAUUACUCUGUGUUAACACCAUUUUUACCUCCUAAGCGUGAGUUUACAAUUUUUGUACGUUUACAUGAAAAACAAAUCCAAAUGUACAAGUAUUAUUUGGAAAAUUUUGUCAAUUCUGAUGGGCAAUCUAAGAUUAAAGGUGUAUCACUUUUUUCUGACUUCCAGUGUCUUUCAAAAAUUUGGACUCAUCCUUGGGCUUUACAUCUUGAACGUGAGCGACAAAGGUUACGAGAUAUAAAUAAAGAAGAUAGUAUUGAAGAAUUUUUAAAUGACUCUGAAAGUAGUUCAGGGGAGCUAUCUGAUGUCAUUAAAAAAGAAAACUCUAUACCUAUAAAACCUUGGUCAAUAGAUACCAGUAGUGAGGAAGAUGUGAAAAUUAAAAAAAAUAAUAAAAAAAAAAUAAUAAUGAAUGAUACUAGCAGUUCCGAUAGUAGUUCUGAUGACGAGGUUAUAAACAAACACGGUACAUAUUCACGACAAACUCGAAGUUCAGUAGCUUUAAAAAAAAUAGAUGAUGAAGUAGAUGAAGAUGAGUUUGAUAAAAACAUUGACAACAAUAUUAAAAAUGACAUUUUACGAUCUGGAGUAUGUUACAAAUCUGAUGUUCAAAAUGAUGAAAAUGAUUUUGAAAAAGAUUGGUACGAUGAUUUUCUCAUUCCUGAAGACCAACAUAAUAAUGAAUUAAGUGGAAAGCUAAUUCUUCUUUGUGAAAUUCUUGCAGAUGCAGAAGUUGUUGGUGAUAAAGUUCUUGUAUUUAGUCAAAGUCUUUGUACUUUAAAUUUGAUUGAAGCAACACUUUCUGAUAUACAAAAUGACAAUCUAUGCAAAUGGUGUCAUGGUGUUGAUUACUUUAGAAUGGAUGGCUCAACAUCUGUUCAAAAAAGAACGCGUUGGGCAGAGAUAUUUAAUGAUCCUAAAAAUGAGAGAUGUCGUUUAUUUUUAAUUUCAACACGUGCUGGUUCUCUUGGUAUUAACAUGGUUGGAGCUAAUCGUGUCAUCAUAUUUGAUUGUUCUUGGAAUCCAUCACAUGAUGUUCAAUCGGUUUUUCGAGUGUAUCGUUUUGGACAAGAAAAACCAGUUUAUGUCUACAGAUUCGUUGCUCAGGGAACAAUGGAAGAAAAAAUUUAUGAAAGACAGAUUACAAAGCUUGCAACAGCAGGAAGAGUUGUUGAUGAGCAACAAAUAGAACGACAUUUUUCUGAAGAAGAAAUACGAGAGUUGUAUUUGUUUGCUCCAGAGCCUAUAAAAGGUGUUAGUGAGACUCCUCAAGUUCCUAAGGAUCCUUUGUUAGCAGAUGUUGUUCAACGUUUACACCCAAAGCAUAUUGUCAGAUAUCAUGAGCAUGAUAUUUUGUUAGAAAAUGUAGAAUCAGAAGAGCUUAAUGAAGAAGAGAGAAAACAAGCCUGGAAAGAGUAUGAAAAAGAAAAAGAAUCUGCAACCAUUAAUUUAAAUCAACGCCAACAAACUGCAAGUUUUACGACUGAGAAUCAGCUUCCACAAUUUGAGAGGCUUUUGCAUCAACCUCAAGCACAAAUUCAGAACCACGUGCAAUUUAACGAAUCAUCUAAUGUAUCUCAACCAAACAGAAUUUAUAUUAAAGUGCCACCAGGUAUUUCCGUAUUAGAGUAUUCUAACCAUUUACAAAAUCGUUCACGUAUGGAGCAAUAUGCAAGAGAUAUUCAAAUGCCACAUUUAGGUUAUGUAGCCAAUCAGAUCAAUAAUCGACAUUCUUUCUCAAAUAUCCAGCAACCUUUGUAUAAUAACCAGCAAUUUUAUUUAAGCAACCAACGCCCAUUCAAUAUCGGAACAAAUAAUCGCUCAAUGAUUUCCACAUCAGACGGUAGGUAUGUGGAAAUGCAUAAUCCAAAAUACGCUAGAGAUAUAUCUAUAAUGAAUCCUUUUUCUUACCAACAUCGUCUUGUACAUCCAGCAGAUCAUUUAAGGCCUUUAAGUACAUUUAUUUCAUCAGUUGGUCCCACGAUUGGAUCAUCAACUAUUGGGCCUCAGGCAAAUAGAUUUGCAUAUUUUUCUGGUAGGGGAAUGCCGGGGCCGAAUGGACUUUAAUUUUGGUUUUAAUGUUCAUUCAUAUUAUUACGUAUAAAAAUAUGAAUUUUAUUUUAAUGAUAUCAUUCAAAUAUAAAAAGAGUUUGUUAUAAGACUAUUACAUAAAACUUAUAUUAUAAGACUUUUUUCAUUAAAAUAAAAUCUUAAUAAUAUAAAUUAUGUUAUAAUAAAAUUUUAAUGAUAGUAACGAAGAGUUUGUCCUUGAUCCUAUUUAUUAUAAUUAGGUUGCAAGUGAAGAAAGAAUGUUAUUUAUGUAUUUGGUUUAAAGCUGACAGUGUAAUUUUCUAUUAUUUUAGAUUCAAAAAUUAUAAUAGUUAUAAGUUAUAAGCA